AUGAGCCGGACCACCUUCUUUGAGGUGGAGGUCCUGGAUGCCAAGACAAGAGAGCAGCUUUGUUUUUUAGAUAAGGUGGAGCCCCACUCAACAAUAGGGGACAUCAAGAGCCUUUUUCACAAAUCAUAUCCUCACUUGUAUCCAGCAAGGCAGGCUCUGAAGCUCGAUCCUAAAGGAAAAUUACUGAGGGAGGAGGAAAUCUUACAGAAUCUACCUGUUGGGACCACUGCCACCAUGUACUUCAGAGAUCUGGGUCCACAGUUAGGAUGGACAAUGGUGUUUCUGGCAGAAUAUAUCGGGCCUCUUCUCACCUACCUCGUCUUCUAUUUCCGAGUACCUUACAUUUACUCACACAGUGAUGCCUUCACCUCCAGUCCCCACACAGUUGUCACACGAGCCUGUGCCUGUCACACCUUCCACUACGUGAAGAGGUUGAUAGAGACUAUCUUUGUCCACCGCUUCUCUCACGGGACCAUGCCCCUCAGGAUAAUAGUCAGGAAUUGUGCCUAUUACUGGGGUUUCUCAGCUUGGUUGGCCUAUCAUAUCAACCACCCUCUUUAUACACCCCCAUCAUACGGUGAACUGCAGGUCAACUAUGCACUUUUCAUAUUUGUGAUCUGUGAACUGGGAAACUUCUCCAUUCACGUGACUCUGAAUAAUCUCAGAGGAGAUGGACACCGGAGCAGAAGGUACCCGAGUCCAACUAAGAACCCCUUCACGUGGCUAUUUUUCUUUGUAUCCUGUCCCAAUUACACAUAUGAGGUUGGAGCAUGGCUGAGCUUUUCCAUCAUGACGCAGUGUCUACCAGUGGCUUUUUACACAUUACUGGGCUUCAUUCAGAUGACCAUCUGGGCCAAAUGGAAGCACAAAGCCUACAGCAGGGAGUUCAAGGACUACCCAAGCCUCCGGAUGGCCAUUAUCCCUCUGAUCUUCUGA